AUGACGAUGGAUGCUCUGCAACUAGCAAACACUGCCUUUGCAGUUGAUGUGUUCAAAAAACUAUGUGAGAAGGACAAAACAGCCAAUAUUAUUUUUGCCCCACUCUGUACCUCAACAUCUCUGGCCCUGGCAUACAAAGCUACGAAAGGUGAUACUGCAGACCAGAUGAAACAGGUACUCCAUUUGCAAGAUGUCAAAGAUGUUUCUUUUGGGUUCCAAACAGUAACUUCAGAUGUUUCCAAACUCAGCUCUUUCUUUGCACUGAAAAUGGUCAAACGUCUCUUUGUAGACAAGUCCCUUAAUCCUACCACAGACUUUGUGAACUCCACAAAAAGGCCUUUUCCUUCUGAACUGGAAUUAGUGGAGUUUAAAGAAAAAACUGAAGAAACCCGACAGAAGAUCAACAAGUCUCUUUCAGAGCUAACUGAUGGUAAAAUGGAGAGUAUUUUGAAUGAGAACAGCGUAAGUGAGCAGACUCAGAUCCUCCUAGUUAAUGCAGCUUAUUUUGUCACAAACUGGAUGAAGAAGUUUCCAGAGGCAGAGAUCAAAGAAUGUCCCUUUAAAGUCAACAAGACGGAGACUAAACCAGUGCAAAUGAUGAAUCUGGAAGCUACUUUUUGCCUGGGUUAUGUAAAAGAAUUAAAUGUUUCCAUCCUCGAGCUCCCGUGCCUUAACAAACAUAUAAGCAUGCUCAUUCUGCUGCCCAAAGAGAUUGAAGAUGAGACCACUGGCUUGGAGCAGCUGGAAAAGGCACUCACCCCUGAGACAUUAUUACAGUGGACCAAUCCCAGCAUGAUGGCCAACACCAAAGUGAAUGUAUUUCUUCCAAAGUUUAGCAUGGAAGGUGAUUAUGACCUGAAGCCACUUCUGGAAAGCCUGGGAAUGACAAAUGUCUUCAACGAGAGUGCAUCAGAUUUCUCUGAGAUGUGUGAGACAAAAGGUGUGGUUUUGUCAAAGAUCAUCCACAAAGUCUCUUUGGAAGUAAAUGAACAAGGUGGCGAGUCCCGAGAAGUACCAGGAUAUCGGAUUCUGCAGCACAAAGACGAAUUUAAAGCUGACCACCCAUUUAUCUUUCUGUUUAGACACAACAAAACUCGCAAUGUGAUUCUCUCCGGUCGAUUCUGUUCCCCUUAA